AUGCGCCGUCGCGGUCGCGACGGCGAUGCGUCGCCGGCGCGUCGGACGCGCGCGUGGACGCUGGCGACGGCGAUGAAGUUUACGGCGCUGCGACUGUUCGCGUCUGGGUUUCUGCUCGCGCGCGUGGAAUCGCCGUCGAGGGCGACCGCGAGGCCGGACGCGGCGCGCGCGAUCGUCGAUAAGGCGGUGGUGCUCGUCGUCGACGGCGCGCGGCACGAUUGGACGACGGCGACGAGGGACGAGGGCGACGAGGCGCGGCGGCGGUUGAAACUGCCGAGCGCGAGACGAUACGGGGGGGGGAGGCGGUGCGAAGACGCGACGAACGAACGAGGACGAGGGAUGGUGUUUAAAUUCAUAGCGGACGCGCCGACGACGACGCAGCAGCGGUUGAAGGGAUUGCUCACGGGAGGGUUGCCGACGUUUAUCGACGCGAGCGCGUCGUUCGGCGGGACGACGCUCGGGGAAGAUAAUUUGAUCGAACAGUUGAGCGCGAAUGGACGACGGAUGGCGAUCAGUGGGGACGAUACGUGGAGCGAACUUUUCGACGUGAACGCGACGUUUCGGGCGGGGGCGGCGAUGUAUCCGAGCUUUGACGUGAAGGAUACGGAGACGGUGGACGCCGGCGUGCGCGCGUCGAUGGCGGCCGCGUUGCGCGCGCCCGAUGACUGGGACGUUUUGAUAGGGCACAUGCUCGGUGCCGAUCACGUCGGCCACACGCACGGGGCGACGACGGAUUUCAUGCGCGCAAAGUUAGAGGAGAAUGAUCGAGAUAUCGAGAACGUAGUCGAGGCGAUGCGAGCGGACGAAAAGUACGCCGACGCGAUGGUGUUCGUGUUCGGCGAUCAUGGGAUGACAGACAACGGAGACCACGGCGGUGGGACGCCCGAGGAGGUGGAGUCUUUCAUGCUCGCGUAUCACCCCUGGGCGAAAGGUGAGAACUGUGGGAACGGCGACGGCGAAGACGACGAUGAUUUCCCACAGAUUGACUUCGCGCCGACGAUGGCGACGCUUCUGGGCGUGCCCAUACCGCAUGGAAAUUUAGGAAAGGUGAACGAAAAAGUAUUCAAUCUCGCGCACGAGGGGAAACGCGCGAGUGGGCGAGGCGAUGUGUUCGCCGCUUACGUGCGCGCGAUGCACGCGAACGCGGAGCAAAUUUGGACGUACGUUCAAUCGUACGGCGACGGCAAGACGAGUCCGUUUGGUGCCGAACACACCACGCGCCUCGCGGCGCUCAUGAAGGUGGUGCGAGCGAAUAAAUCUGUAGACACGACAGAGUUUGUGCUGGAUUUCAUGAAUGAGGUGGCAGAAUUGGCGCGCGCGAAGUGGGCACAAUUCGGAUUGUUGAGCAUGACGGUUGGUUUCAUCGCGCUCGUCGUCACGCUCACGGCGCACGCCGUGCUCGCGUACGACAAAGUCGACGACGCGCGCGAUGGAGAUUUAGAUCUUAUGAUCGCGCGCGUCGGCACGGAAACUGUCGUCGCCAGUGGACUAUGGCUCGCGAGCACGGUUGUAUUUUUUGGUGGAGGACACACGUGCUCGUUUGACGGUUUACACUUCGCCGUCGCGUUCACCGGCUUUCGCAAAUUCAACUUUUACGGCAUGGGAUUUCUCCUCGGCUUUGAAACGUGGAGUGGUGAAAUCAUUCUCGCCGUCGCCAUUCCGCUCUUCGCGUUCGCUAUGACUCAAAAUGAACCAUACGAGUCUUUCCAACGAUUGACCGUGCGCGUAUCGAUGAAAGUCGCGCUCUUCCGCGCAUUCGCGGCGACGUGCGCCGCCCUGUGCGCCUUCAUCCACCGUCGACAUUUGAUGGUUUGGGCGAUUUUUGCGCCAAAAUUCGUCUUCGACGCCAUCGGUUCCACCGUCGCCGACGUUUGCGCCAUCGUCGCCGUCGCUUCAUCUUUCUCUAGGCAUCCUUUAGAGCGCGUCAAGCGCGAGUGAUGCGACGUUCGCUGUAUUAUUAUGUUCUCUCGCGAGUCCCGACGCCCCGACGGCUGCCCAAAACCUCAACCUCAUUUCGGGACACCGAUUUUCGCGAUGUUUAAACCGAUCACCCGCGAGCUCAAGCUCGCGCACGGCUCGCGACGCGAGCGUCGCCGCGUCUCGCGCGCGACGGAAUCGCGCCUGCGCCCCGGGCGACAGGGCGUGCAACGAAUCUAUCGCCUGACCCAGGAAAAGGAAAUGAUUGGCGAGUACGAAUACCUCGAGUCCAUCGGCGUCCCCAGGGCGCAGGCGCUGCAAGUCAUGUCCCGAGCGUCCACAGCGUUCGAGCGCGAGGCGGUGCGACGAGGCCAAGACCCGAAAGCGAUGAAAUUCGGCGCGGAAGAGAUGCGAGAGGUGGUGGAGUUUCUGAAGGCGAGCGGCGUGAAGGAGGACGCGGUUGGAUUUUUAGUCAUACGUAAUCCCGCGGUGUUGGCGUACGACGUGGAGAAACGAUUGAGACCGUUGUUUGAGUACAUGGAGGCGACGUUCGAGCGGACGGCGGAGAUGUUUGUGGAUGACGUGACGAAGCGGCCGAGCUUGCUCGGGUUGGACGCCAACGAAAACGCGAAAAAGAUGGUGGACUUUUUGUUAUCCACGGGAAGCACGAAGGAAGAGGCGGUGGAGUAUUUAUUGCGAACGCUUUAGGACUCGAUGUCGAGCGAUUGAUGAUUAGCAG